AUGGACCUUACUGACGAGUCAGAAUUCGAGGAGGAUUCAGAAAUGAUAGACUUUGUAGCAGUCAAAGAAACUGGAAAAGCUUACUAUCAUACACUAUAUUAUAUAACACGUGUUGAGUUAAUACAUAGUGAUGAAUAUGAAGGCGUUUCCCUGAAGAAGGUGUCGAGCAGGAUAGAAUCAGACAUACCUACUUCGUUUGUACUCAACGCUGAUGAUGAAGCAAUAAUUCCACGUGAAGAUGUAGUUCAUAAGCUGCCUACUCCAAAAGUUGUUGGAGGCAUUGCGCGUAAAGCAGCACAAUUUGUCUUCCCAAGUAAUCGUACCAGAUGGGACCUAAAAUAA